CUCCCUCCCAUCCCUCUAUAUGUUGUGCUCUCUAACCCUAACCAGCCUUAUCUGCCUUUACCUGCGAGCCAUACGACGUCCAUGGAGCACGAUGAAGCUGUGGAUGAUGCUUCUGAUUCUGCUGCUACACCUUGGUAAUGCUCCCUGGAUGAAAGUGGUGUGUGUGUCCCUCCCCGCUCCUUCCAAAGUCUCCAUCUCCUCCCUCAACAUGGAGCACACUCUCAGCUUCCUGCCGGGCCCCGGGACCCCCCCAGAUGCCCGCUUCACUGUCCAGGUCCUCCGCCUCAGGAAGAGCCAGUGGAGACUGCUGGCAGCGUGCGCACAGCUGACGGCCGGACAGAAGUGUAACCUAACCCGAGCCUUCAAGGACAGCUAUGAACAAUACCAAGCCCGAGUCCAGGCCUUCACACCCAGCCAGACGUCCAACUGGACCGUGACGGGGGUGUUCCUUCCUCUGACAGACACAGUGCUGGGACCUCCGGAUGUGUCUCUGUCCGGCUGUGGGAACUGUUUGCUUCUGCGGCUCGGAGCUCCUAUAGCAAUGGAGUUCAGUUCAACAUACAGAGUCCACGUGCAAAGGACCAGGGAUGGUGUACAG